AUGAAUUUUGAUAGAUUCAACCCGCUAUCGAGUAAUUUCAUUUAUAAGCAGACUACGACUAAGGAGCCACAACAAGAUGCAAAACUAAACUUGAAUUCUGAUGUUAGUGAUUGGGGGAUCGAUGAGGAUCUUACUCCAACUUCAGCAUUGGGUACAACCUUUUCCAAUUACUUGUCUCCCACCGCAUCAUCUACAAGUACAGUACAUACAAAUCCUGUACAGGCUCCACCUCUAUUGACCAAUCGUCAGCUGAGCUAUAGUAACUACAGUGCGAGUGCGCUAAUGCAUGAUGAGACUUUUGUACCACCCCAUCCCACCUAUAUUCAUCACCACCACCACCACAACCACCAUCAUCAGCAAUCAAAACCACAACAACAACCGCAACCACAACUGCCCUUCAGAAGAAGAGGCUCUGUAAAUCUGAAUACGUCACUGCAAUUUAAUCAACAACACUACCUACAUCAGUCACUAAAUCAUCAUCCAUUACAUCGAUCACAUUCACACGCAAGCCUGUUGGAUUUACUACAGUAUUGCCAGUACUCGGGAAAUACAAUUUACCCAAAUACGGACACCUUGUCGAAAUUUAUUGAGAAAUAUUUAUCAAUGGAAAACAAAUUGGGAGAAUUUUGGGAAAAGUUCAAAUAUAACCUUAUUAUUUCAAAUCUACUCGAGGAUUCAAUGAUUCUUUCUAAAAAUGAGUCGAGCUUACAACUACUAAAUUCCAAUCCCAUAACCACCCCACUGAAGUACUUAAGAUUCACCAUAAACGAUGAUGGGACGAGAUUGAUUGUAUUGAAUACAUCCUACACUCUCAAAUAUAACUAUCGAUACACUAACUUCACAACUGUACUAUUAAUUAUAAACUUGAUUAUUUAUUUGCUAAAGCAACAACAAUCUGCUUACUUUGGUCCACAACAAAUGACUUAUGAAUCCCAAUUUACGUUGUUCAAAUUCAUUAUUGUUGUAUCGUCUAAAUUGAUCAAAAUACGGAAAUUUAAAACAACAGUUGAAACAAAUAAGAUUUUAGACUUGUUGAAUGACUUUCUAAAGUUGAAUUACAUUGUCAAUAAGAACUUGAUACUUAGUAUGGUUAAAUUAAAGGGUAAGAAAUUGGAUUUAGUACAAGGAGACGCAAAUUCAACUCAUUUGUUGAAUUCAUUAUCAUUUCUAAACAUAACCUUGCAAAGCUUGAUUGUGAAACUUCUCCCACAUAUGAAUGGAGAUUUAUUUCAACAAUAUUGUACUAUAAAUAAUAUCAAUGUUGGUAUAUUGACUCAAGAGUUUGACAGUGAAGAUCAAGAUGACCUUGAAGAAGUCAUUUUCAAUAUUAAUAAAUUUAAUCAGCUUCGAAAGUUGCUUAUUUGUCAGUUAAUCACCAUAAAUGAAAAUGCACAAAGCAACUUUUUCACCUUGAAUUUAAUGGAUCAAUUUCAAGUUAAUGAGAUGGAAAGUGAAUUGUCUGCAUUUGAAAAGAUGAAACUCGUACACGAUGUGCUUAUUGAUCAUAACGAUUCAGUAAAAGCAAUCAAUAAAAUGUUUGCCAAAGUUGACAUUGUUUCUCAGCCUCGUGAGCAAGUACCACCAACUGAUGAAGACAUAACUCCUAAUUUACACCUGAAUUUGUUUCAAUUCACAUCGCGAGUCAACAAAUUUGCUCACAACUUGAGCUACUUCAACAAAUACAACCAAUCGCUCAGUUUGGAUAAUAUAGACGAACAAUAUGAAAAGUUGGCCAUAUUUCAACAAUUUCAUGAUGAAUUGAAUCAAUUGAAAUUGCUUCACAAACUGGCCUUGCUAGAAUUGAAUCAAGAAAUUAAUCCUGAUUAUACCAUUGCGAAUUCACCUAAAUCAACAGUAUCAUCAUCGCCUCAAACGAAUCAAGCUGGGUCGCUUAAUCUCAAGUCAUUUCAUAACCCAUCAAUCAAGAAACGCUUCUCACUACCACCAACUGUCACGGCCUCUGGUGCCACAACUACGAAUGGCAGCUCUAUGGAAGUGUCAACAUCUCCAACAAAGUCACUGCCAGGACAAACCUCAGUUCCUUCAUCAAAGCCUAAAAAGUAUAAACGCCUAUCAACCGGUUUGCAAUUAGGUCUUCUUACUGUAUUCGAGGAGAAUGGUGAUCGAUCACUGACUGUCCCUGCAACUCUAGCGAAGGGGAAUCGAAACUCAUCAUCAUCAACUACAUCGGCCCCAGCAGCAACAGCAGUGUCGUCAGGUUUGCUUCCACCACCAAAGGUAUCAUACGAUGACAAUUACAUAAACAUCCUCCCAAUAAAUCAAUUUGAAAGCUAUAAUAAGUCAACAUUAGAUCAAUUAAUUUCAAGCAAAACCAAAAAUCGAUACUCAUUGCAUAAUCGUACUUCAAUAAAUAUGAACCGAUUUUCAUUGAAUUCAGUCCAGAGUAAUGUUUCAGGAAUAUCAGAUUUAAUCUCAACUCAAAUGACAAGCUAUAAUGGUGACGAUGAAGAACCAAAGUUGGAACUACCCCAUGAUGAACAAGAACGUGAUGAUAAAGAGGAUGGAAACGAAUCGUCGGUAAUUGACAAUUCCGAUCCUGGUCAAUUGACUCAGGAGGAGUUGAAAAUGAGAUUAGAAGCAAGUUUUACCAAGAUUUACAAUUUAGAAGCAGAGAAUAAGAAAUUGAUUGAAGACAAGAGGAAUAAACAAGUCAAAAAGAAUACUAAUGAAGAAGUUUUGAGCGACAUCACUAAUGAACAUCUCGUUGAACCUAAUAUACCCAAUGCCUCAUUCCUUAAGGAUUUGGAAACAAAAUUAAACAUGAAGUAA